CUUUUUUUCUUGUAUCCUCUAAAAUUUUGGUAUAAUUGUUUUACUUUCCUUGGGUGAUUUAAAGAUGAAUAUUCAGUCUUGUGCCAGAUGUGGAUUCAGUGUUUAUCCCGCAGAGAAGAUUAAUUGUAUAGAUCAGACAUGGCAUAAAGCCUGCUUUCACUGUGAAGUCUGCAAGAUGAUGCUAACUGUAAAUAACUUUGUUAGCCACCAGAAAAGGCCUUACUGUCAAACACAUAAUCCAAAAAACAAUACAUUCACAAGUGUUUUUGAGACUCCAAUAAAUAUGAAUGUGAAAAAACAAUCUGAAGCAGUGAGUGAGAUUAAAUAUCGAGAAGAGGGUGAGAGAUUCAAAUCUGUUUUUCAUUGGAAUAUGAAAUCAAGUGACAUCCAAACUACACAGAAAAUGCAGCAACUAAAUCAGGUAAAAACAUCCCAUGCUGCUUAUGAAGAAGGAAAAUCCUGGUACUCCGAGACUAUCCCAGAUCCAGAAAUGGUCAGGAUUGCUCAAGCACAGAAAACUUUCAGUGAUCUGAAGAAUACAGAGGAAUCUGAAGAACACAAGGGUAAAGGCAGCUUUCCUGCUUUGAUAACUCCAGCUUAUCAGAUAGCCAAGAGAGCCACUCAACUAUCCAGUGAUGUAGAGUAUAAACGAGGCCAUGAUGACCGUGUUUCCAAAUUCAUCGGUGUUGUAGAUACUCCAGAUAUAGUUCAUGCAAAGGCUGGAAGCCACAUCACAAGUGAUUUAAAAUACACAGAAGAGUAUGAGCAACAGAGAGGAAAAGGCAGUUUUCCUGCAAUGAUUACUCCAGCCUAUCUGAUAGCUAAAAGAGCUAAUGAACUAGCAAGCAAUGUUAAAUAUCACCAACAAUACGAAAAAGAGAUUAAGGGAAAAGCAAGUCAUUCUGUUGGUGCUUCAAAAGAAAAUGUAGAUCAGUUUAAUCAGGAUUAUAUGGAUGAUUACGAAGAGCACAGAGGGAAAGGAAGCUUUCCUGCUAUGAUUACCCCAGCAUAUAAAAAUGCAAAGAAGGCCAAUGAAUUGAUUAGCGAUAUAAAAUACAAGAAGGACUUUUCAAAUAUGAAAGGAGCAGCCCACUUUCAUUCUCUCUCAUCCCAAGAAAACCUGGUUCUUAAACAAGCCCAGGAUACUAAUAAGCUAUACAGUGAGGUGGAAUACAAGAAGGAUCUGGAGAACAGCAAAGGACACAGUAUCAACUACUGUGAGACUCCUCAAUUCAGGAAUGUUAGCAGGCUCUCAAAAUACACCAGUGAUCUCAAAUACAAAGAGCAUUACCAGAACCAGAAAGGUCACUAUGAAGGUGUUGGCUUGGACCAGCGUACCCUGCAUGCCAUGAAGGUUGGAAGUCUGGCAAGCAAUAUAGCUUAUAAAUCAGACUAUACACAAGAUGAUGUUGACUACAAUUACCCAGCGACACUCACUCCUUCAUAUCAAACAACAAGGAAGCUGGUCCCUUUGAAAGAUGUAAACUACAGACAAAAUAUAGAUAAGUUGAAGUAUAGCUCUGUUACCUGUACACCUCAGAUCAUUCAAGCAAAAAUCAAUGCACAGCAGCUUAGUGAUCUAAACUAUCGAGCUCAGUAUGAGAAAACCAAAACACAUUAUACUCUGCCUCAGGAUGUACCACAGUUAGUCAAGGCUAAAGCCAAUGCAGAACUAUACAGUGAGAUUAAGUACAAAGAAGGCUGGGAGAAGAGCAAAGGCCAAGGCUUUGAAAUGACUUUGGAUUCCAUGUCUUUGCUGGCUGCCAAGGCAUCACGAGAUCUUGCCAGUGAUAUUAAAUAUAAAGAAGAAUAUGAGAAAACAAAAGGUAAAGCAAUGGCAAACAAAGAUUCCAGACUUUUGCACUCUUUGCAGGUAGCCAAGAUGAGUAGUGAGGUUGCAUAUAAAAAGGACUUUGAGAAGAGUAAAACACAUUUCCACUUGCCGCUGGACAUGAUAAACUUGGAGCAUGCCAAAAAGGCCCAAGCUCUGGCUAGUGACCUUGAUUAUAGGAAGAAACUCCACGAGUAUACAGUGGUUCCAGAAGACUUAAAGACACAGUGGGCCAAAAAGGCCUAUGGGCUACAGAGUGAGCUUCAGUACAGGACAGACCUGACAUGGAUGAAAGGAGUUGGGUGGAUAGCAGAUGGAAGUCUUAAUAUAGAACAAGCCAAGAAAGCAGGAAAACUUAUCAGUGAGAAAAAGUACAGACAGAAAGCUGAUGCUCUUAAGUUCACAAGUGUGGCAGACAGUUCCCAGAUCAAACAUGCGAAGAAAAGCCAGGAACUGCAGAGUGAUAUUACAUACAGAUCAGCAAAGGAGAAUUUUCUUCAUAAUUACACCAUCAAUAAAGAUGAGCCACUUUUCAUACAGGCCAAAAUAAAUGCAGCAAAUAUUAGUCAGAAACUUUACAAAAGUAGCUGGGAGCACCAGAAGGAGAAAGGAUUUGAACUUCAUCUUGAUGCAAUACCAUUUCUGACAGCUAAAGCAAAGAGAGAUCUGGCAAGUGAUGUAAAAUAUAAGGAGAAUUAUGAGAAAUCUAAAGGGAAGUUGAUAGGGGUAAAAGAUGUGAGCAAUGAUUCACAGAUGGCUCACAUGCUCCAUAUGUCAAAGGUGCAGAGUGAUCUGGAAUAUAAAAAGGCAUUUGAGAAUGUAAAGACCCAUUAUCAUGUGUCCAUGGAUAUGAUCAAUCUUGUCCAUGCCAAGAAAGCUCAGGAUCUAGCCACUGGGAGGGGAUACAAGACAACCUUGCAUCGUUACACGGCCUUGCCUGCUGACAUGAAAGUGGAAUGGGCCAAGUGGGCCUACGGCUUGCAGAGUGAUAACCGAUACAGAGCAGAUUUGAACUGGAUGAAAGGAGCUGGAUGGAUCGCCACUGGGUCAUUAAAUGUGAAGCAGGCUAAGAAGGCAGGAGAACUCAUUAGUGAGAAGAAGUACCGUCAGCAUCCAUACGCUUUGAAGUUUACCAGUAUUAAAGACACUCCUGAGAUGAUCCAGGCUAGAAUUAGUUAUAACCAGGCUGUGGAUAGAUUAUACAAGGAGCAUGGAGAGAACAUAAAACAUCAUUACACCCAAACAGCAGAGCUGCCUGAGGUCCUUCAAGCUAAACAGAACAGUUUAAAUAUCAGUGAGACUCGCUACAAGGAAUCCUGGAGCAAGAUACGAGAUGGUGGUUAUAAACUGAAAUUGGAUGCUAUUCCUUUCCAGUCAGCAAAGGCUUCCAGUGAAAUUAUAAGUGAUUACAAGUACAAAGAAGCAUUUGAGAAAACAAAAGGACGGAUGAUUGGCUCAUGUGGCUUAGAAGAUAUUAACAUUUCUCACUCAGUACAUGCAGCUGUGCUACAAAGUGAUGUAAAUUACAAGAAAGGUUUUGACGAUCUGAAGAGUCAGUUCCACCUUCCAUUAGACAUGGUGAACUUUGUACAUGCCAGAAAAGCCCAAUCUUUGGUCAGUGAUCAGCAGUACCGGCAAUUGCUGCAUGAUUAUACAUCCCUGGAUGAAGAUGUUCGACUGCAGUGUGCCAAGAAAGCAUAUAAACUACAGAGUGAGAAUUUAUACAGGUCUGACUUGAACUUUAUGAGAGGAGUUGGCUGCAUUACACCAGGGGCCUUAGAGAUUGAAGCAAAGAAGAAAGCUUCUGAACUCAUCAGUGAGAGUAAAUACCGUCAGCAGCCGAAUUCCUUCAAGUAUACAUCGGUGACAGACUCUCCUGGCCUCCUUCAUGCAAAAUUCAGCAAUAUGAUUGCUAAUGAGCGCCUGUACAAGGCAGCGGGAGAGGACAGUUUGCAUCACUACACCCCAACUUUGGGUCUGCCUGAAUUUACCAGGGCAAAAAUAAAUGCAAUCAAUUUCAGUGAUGCAAAAUACAAGGAAUCUUGGCAUAAUCUCCGUGCUCAAGGCUAUAAGCUGACAAUGGAAGCAAUUCCUUUCCAGACUGCCAAAGCCUCAAGAGAAAUUGCUAGUGAUCUUCAGUACAAGCAUACCUUUGUAAGGGAGCGAGGAAAGCAUAUUGGUGCCAGAAGCAUUAGGGAUGAUACCAAGUUGCUACACUGCUUAUAUGCUGCUAAGUUACAGAGUGAGCAGGAAUACAAGAAAGGAUCUAGAAAAAUCAGUUCUCAGUACAACCUGCCUUUGGAUAUGGUGAACCUAGUUCAUGCCAGGAAGGCUCAAAACUUAGUGAGCGAUCAGGAAUACAGGAAGAGAUUGCAUGAAUAUACUGUGCUCCCUGAGGAUUUGAAGAUGCAGUGGGCAAAGAGAGUUCACCUGCUGCAAAGUGAGUAUCGCUACAAAUCAGACCUGAACUUCAUGAAGGGAAUUGGCUGGGUGGCUCUGAGAUCCCCUCAGAUAGAAAAUGUGAAGAAGGCUGGAGAACUCAUCAGUGAGACAAAAUAUCGUCAAAAACCAAAUAGUCUAAAGUUCACAAUGGUGACGGACUCUCUGGAUUUCAUCCAUGCUAAGAAUAGCUACAUUCAGUGCAAUGAACGGCUAUACCGAGCUAGAAACUUGGAAUCUAGACACAGAUAUACUCUUCCCCCUGACCAUCCCGAUUUCAUACGGGCACGCCUCAAUGCACUUCAUAUCAGUGACAAACUCUAUAAAAUGUCUUGGGAGCAGACACGGGCGGCUGCUUAUGAUUUUAGAUUGGAUGCCAUCCCUUUCCAGACUGCCAAGGCUUCCAGAGAAAUUGCUAGUGAUUUCAGAUACAAAGAGACCUUUCAGAGGAAUCGAGGACAACAGAUUGGAUUUCGCAAUGUGAAUGAUGACCCCAAAAUGAGACAUUUCCUCAAGAUGGGUCACCUCCAGAGCGACAACCAGUACAAGAGGGAUUUUAUCAGAAACAGAGUGCAUUUCAAGAGUCAAAUCGAUCAGCCAGGAUUUAUCCAUGCAAAGAAAAGUCAGCAGUUGAUAAGUGAUGUCAACUACAGGCAGCACCUGCAUCAGUAUAUCUGUGACCCAGAGCAACUGAAUCUGAAGCAUGCCAAAAAGGCCUACAAACUCCAGAGUGAUAUUAAGUACAAAUCUGAUCUAAACUGGAUCAAAGGCAUUGGCUGGACUCCUCCAGGUUCUCACAAAGUAGAAAUGGCCAGAAGGGCUGCUGAACUUGCAUAUGCUCAGGAACAUCACCCUCAAGGAAUGUUGAAUCAAUGUGAUCCAGAGACUGAGCAGGCAAAAGUAGAAGGAUCCCAACAAGUCAGAAUCAACCCAGAUGCAGCAGAGAUUCUUCAAGUCAAGCGAAGAAAAAUGCAGUUAAUGAAAAAAUAAAUCGGGACAUGGACA